AAAAAUUCGAGGAAAAACUAUUGGCCAGGAACGCCAACUCAUCAGGUGCUUCUAAAAGAAAAAAGGAAGGUAAAGAUAGAAUAAAAAUUAAAAAUUCGAGCAUGAGAUAAAAAUACCAGGUGAUUGCAACUUAAUCUUAAUUGGAACGUUAUCUAAAAAACUCAGUUCAGUUAUAAAACAUGAUGGAUUCCAGAGUAGAAUAUAUGAUGUGACACAUCUACAGAGUGUCCUAAAUACUGGUCUAUGCUGAGUGGUUAUAUUACUACCUUAAAAAACAAACAGAAACUCGACGUUUCGAGCGAAGGCCCUUCGUCAAGAGUUAGUAGCAGGGAUCGGGGAAAAUGCACGGGCUUUUAUACGAAGAGUAUGAAAGGUAUCACGUGACAAAAAAUAAGAAAUAAUGUAAGAAAAACAAUGUAAGAAAUAAAAGUAAUGAAUAGAUAAAUGUUGUCAAUGUCUGCUAUAGACAGGCAAGGACAGAUGAAAUUAAACAUAGGAAAAGCGUUCAUUAAUACCAGAAGGAUGAACAGUGCCAUGUUUGGAUAUGAGGCGCAUUUCAUGUAGUUUGCGGCUAUCGUAGAUUCCAGAAAUGGGACAGAGGGCUCGAAUUAACAUAUCUGAAACACUGUGAUUGCCAUUAUUAAAAUGUCUGCCAACAGGUUGGUUAGCAUCAUUGCCAAUAACUGCACGCCGAUGCUCACGAAACCUUGUCCUUAAACAUCUUCCAGCCACCCCAAUGUAAAGCAUGCCACAUCUGCUGCAUGAGAUGCAGUAGAUGAAAUGGGAGGAGGCGCACGUAAAAUGGUGCUUGAUGUGAUAUUCAGAUUUAGGCGAUUCGAAACAACAGUGGAAGAAUCUACAAAGUCACAGAUUUUACAUUUCGACGACCGGCAAGAAAAAGUGCCUUUCUGUGACGUAUAGAAAUUAACCUAUUGUUGUCAAUAAGCGUGAGACGUUAUGCUCCUCUAUGUAAUUAAAAUGCCAAAUGUAAAAACAUAUCUUAUCUGUAUGGACAUACAGUAACCUUAUCUGUAUGUUGAUUCAAGUCUUUAGGCAACGAAAAUCGAAAAGGAUUACUAAGUGAUCUUCCACACGUGCCACUCCAAGAUGAAAAAAAAAAAUUAGGACAUUUAAACGUAAAUCAGGACAAAAAUUUAGACGUAAAUCAGGACAAAGCACAGAUACCCUGGUCCAGGCUGGUCACGUGUCUCCCAGAUUUUGGGAGAAAACAAUUUUUUUACAUGAGGGUGGGGGGCUAAGUUUGUUUUACCAAGCAUGUAAUCUUGUAGGAUUCUGCCUUUUGUUGUUGAUAUACAUGUAUGUAUUAUACAACCAAACCCGAUACUGUGUCUUUGAGUGAGCUUCGAGAAGAACAUCUAUAACGUUGCCAGCCAGGCUUGAUUAACAACUUCGUCCCUUACAAUAACCGUUAUGCCAAUAAAAACUUCGUUUCAUAGUGUAAUCGUUUGUGUUUCUUUAUUCACACUCCUUGUAUUGUUUUGAACUCGAGCGCCACAUUUGCAAGUCCCAAUUGUUAUCUCCCAAAAUCUGGGAGACACGUGACCAGCCUGGACCAGGCUCUUUCCUCCAGCGAGGCGCGUAGUGGAAAGAGCCUGGGUAAUAGGUUGCAGAUAACUAAGAGUUUUAAUUGCCGGUGUACCCAGACGUUUAGCCUAAAGCAGCCAUGCAUGCGCACUUUUCAAAAGCAUUUCCACGCAUUCGUAUAUUAGUUUUGAUAAGUUAACUGUCCCACAAUAAUAAGAAUAAUCAUGCCGUGCCUAAAUUUAAGCCGAGCAUCUGUUGAUUCAAUUCUUUAGGCAACGAAAAUCGUGAAGUAGUAAGUGAUCUUCCACACGUGCCACCCCAAGAUGAGCAAGAUGUGGCAAUGACAAGUAAGUAACAUAUUGUUAAAUUCAUUACCUAAACAAUACGGCAUUGUUAAUAAUAAAUCCUGGUAGGCAAAAUAUUGCCGUUGAUAUUUCCAAGUUCGGUGGUAAUGUUUUUGGCAUCUAAAUGACAUUGGGUUAAUUUCAAGAUGCUUCAGCAUAAUAAUGUAUAAAAAACAGUGGCGAAGCCAGCCCGACAAUUUGGUCAUGCUAUCCAAAUUUUAAAUCAUUAUCAUUAUUAAUUUCUUUACAAAUUGAUUGUUUCCACGUCGUAUGAACACGGAAAUAUUUGCAUAGCAUGACCAAAUUGUCGGGCUGGCUUCGCCACUGAUAAAAAAGAGCGAUAUUCUUCUUCGAGGGUAGUACCGGCGGCAAUUGCCUUUUGCUGCCGAGAACUAACAGGACUGUAUUAUUUGCAUAAAACACAUUCGAUUAACAAGAAGAAUUCAACCUGAGAGUAGAAUAUGUGCAGUAACACCUCUAUAAAACGCGGAUCAAACGAGAUGCAAGUCAUCGCAAGUUUAAACUUCUGAGACACGCAGGCUGUCCAAAAUUAGAUGUAGCGGAAGCCAAUUUGGGUUACCGCAAAACCACGUUGGUGGUAACCGGGUUUCCACAAUUUUUUUAAGGAAAUUUCAGGGGUAAAAGUAGAAGUACUACCUCUAAAUUCCAUUAAAAGUUUAAAUGAAAUUGGCGAAGUUAUUGUAAAAUCUCUUGAGGGAAACCAGAUUAGGUUACCGCAAAACUACAUUUGUGGUAACGCACCGGUAACCCAGGUUUCGUUACCGCAAUUUUUGACAGCCAGAAUGGAAACGAGGAAUGCAUGGGUGGUAAAAUACAUGAAUUGAGGAAAAGAGUUGAUAAAAACAGAUAACGUAAAAUAUUCAUGUUUCGCUGUAUAUACAAAAUACAUCAAUCACUUUCUACAUGAGACAUUGUCUAUUUAACUUUCUUAUUUUCAUCAUCAAAUUAUUCAUUCCCUCUUUUCUAUGUCUAAGAAAUUUAAAACUGACGACGACUUGCGAUGAUUUGUGUCUCCUUUGAUCCGGACUUAAGACACUGUUACACAAGACUACAGAAUGUAUAAACAUUAUACAGUAACCUUACCUGUAUGUUGAUUCAAUUCUUUAGGCAACGAAAAUUGUGAAGAAGUAAGUGAUCUUCAACGUGCCACUCCAAGAUGAGCAAGAUGUGCCAUGACAAGUAAGCAACAUAUUGUUAAAUUCAUACCCGAUUACCUAAACAUGCCUUUUGUUGUUGAUAUACAUGUAUGUAUUAUACAACCAAACCCGAUACUGUGUCUUUGAGUGAGCUUCGAGAAGAACAUCUAUAACGUUGCCAGCCAGGCUUGAUUAACAACUUCGUCCCUUACAAUAACCGUUAUGCCAAUAAAAACUUCGUUUCAUAGUGUAAUCGUUUGUGUUGCUUUAUUCACACUCCUUGUAUUGUUUUGAACUCGAGCGCCACAUUUGCAAGUCCCAAUUGUUAUCUCCCAAAAUCUGGGAGACACGUGACCAGCCUGGACCAGGCUCUUUCCUCCAGCGAGGCGCGUAGUGGAAAGAGCCUGGGUAAUAGGUUGCAGAUAACUAAGAGUUUUAAUUGCCGGUGUACCCAGACGUUUAGCCUAAAGCAGCCAUGCAUGCGCACUUUUCAAAAGCAUUUCCACGCAUUCGUAUAUUAGUUUUGAUAAGUUAACUGUCCCACAAUAAUAAGAAUAAUCAUGCCGUGCCUAAAUUUAAGCCGAGCAUCUGUUGAUUCAAUUCUUUAGGCAACGAAAAUCGUGAAGUAGUAAGUGAUCUUCCACACGUGCCACCCCAAGAUGAGCAAGAUGUGGCAAUGACAAGUAAGUAACAUAUUGUUAAAUUCAUUACCUAAACAAUACGGCAUUGUUAAUAAUAAAUCCUGGUAGGCAAAAUAUUGCCGUUGAUAUUUCCAAGUUCGGUGGUAAUUUUUUUGGCAUCUAAAUGACAUUGACUUAAUUUGAAGAUGCAUUAGCAUAAUAAUGUAUAAAAAAGAGCGAUAUUCUUCUUCGAGGGUAGUACCGGCGGCAAUUGCCUUUUGCUGCCGAAAACUACCAGGACUGUAUUAUUUGCAUAAAACACAUUCGAUUAACAAGAAGAAUUCAACCUGAGAGUAGAAUAUGUGCAGUAACACCUCUAUAAAACGCGGAUCAAACGAGAUGCAAGUCAUCGCAAGUUUAAACUUCUGAGACACGCAGGCUGUCCAAAAUUAGAUGUAGCGGAAGCCAAUUUGGGUUACCGCAAAACCACGUUGGUGGUAACCGGGUUUCCACAAUUUUUUUAAGGAAACUUCAGGGGUAAAAGUAGAAGUACUACCUCUAAAUUCCAUUAAAAGUUUAAAUGAAAUUGGCGAAGUUAUUGUAAAAUCUCUUGAGGGAAACCAGAUUAGGUUACCGCAAAACUACAUUUGUGGUAACGCACCGGUAACCCAGGUUUCGUUACCGCAAUUUUUGACAGCCAGAAUGGAAACGAGGAAUGCAUGGGUGGUAAAAUACAUGAAUUGAGGAAAAGAGUUGAUAAAAACAUAUAACGUAAAAUAUUCAUGUUUCGCUGUAUAUACAAAAUACAUCAAUCACUUUCUACAUGAGACAUUGUCUAUUUAACUUUCUUAUUUUCAUCAUCAAAUUAUUCAUUCCCUCUUUUCUAUGUCUAAGAAAUUUAAAACUGACGACGACUUGCGAUGAUUUGUGUCUCCUUUGAUCCGGACUUAAGACACUGUUACACAAGACUACAGAAUGUAUAAACAUUAUACAGUAACCUUACCUGUAUGUUGAUUCAAUUCUUUAGGCAACGAAAAUUGUGAAGAAGUAAGUGAUCUUCCAACCGUGCCACUCCAAGAUGAGCAAGAUGUGCCACUGACAAGUAAGCAACAUAUUGUUAAAUUCAUUACCGCCAUGAUUACCUAAACAAUAUACGGUACAGUUAUUAACAAGCACGAUCGCACAAUACUGGACCAGGAACUGGCCGUGUAUACAAACGGGGCGUAAAUCAGGACAAAGCACAGAUACCCUGGUCCAGGCUGGUCACGUGUCUCCCAGAUUUUGGGAGAAAACAAUUUUUUUACAUGAGGGUGGGGGGCUAAGUUUGUUUUACCAAGCAUGUAAUCUUGUAGGAUUCUGCCUUUUGUUGUUGAUAUACAUGUAUGUAUUAUACAACCAAACCCGAUACUGUGUCUUUGAGUGAGCUUCGAGAAGAACAUCUAUAACGUUGCCAGCCAGGCUUGAUUAACAACUUCGUCCCUUACAAUAACCGUUAUGCCAAUAAAAACUUCGUUUCAUAGUGUAAUCGUUUGUGUUGCUUUAUUCACACUCCUUGUAUUGUUUUGAACUCGAGCGCCACAUUUGCAAGUCCCAAUUGUUAUCUCCCAAAAUCUGGGAGACACGUGACCAGCCUGGACCAGGCUCUUUCCUCCAGCGAGGCGCGUAGUGGAAAGAGCCUGGGUAAUAGGUUGCAGAUAACUAAGAGUUUUAAUUGCCGGUGUACCCAGACGUUUAGCCUAAAGCAGCCAUGCAUGCGCACUUUUCAAAAGCAUUUCCACGCAUUCGUAUAUUAGUUUUGAUAAGUUAACUGUCCCACAAUAAUAAGAAUAAUCAUGCCGUGCCUAAAUUUAAGCCGAGCAUCUGUUGAUUCAAUUCUUUAGGCAACGAAAAUCGUGAAGUAGUAAGUGAUCUUCCACACGUGCCACCCCAAGAUGAGCAAGAUGUGGCAAUGACAAGUAAGUAACAUAUUGUUAAAUUCAUUACCUAAACAAUACGGCAUUGUUAAUAAUAAAUCCUGGUAGGCAAAAUAUUGCCGUUGAUAUUUCCAAGUUCGGUGGUAAUGUUUUUGGCAUCUAAAUGACAUUGGGUUAAUUUCAAGAUGCUUCAGCAUAAUAAUGUAUAAAAAACAGUGGCGAAGCCAGCCCGACAAUUUGGUCAUGCUAUGCAAAUUUUAAAUCAUUAUCAUUAUUAAUUUCUUUACAAAUUGAUUGUUUCCACGUCGUAUGAACACGGAAAUAUUUGCAUAGCAUGACCAAAUUGUCGGGCUGGCUUCGCCACUGAUAAAAAAGAGCGAUAUUCUUCUUCGAGGGUAGUACCGGCGGCAAUUGCCUUUUGCUGCCGAAAACUACCAGGACUGUAUUAUUUGCAUAAAACACAUUCGAUUAACAAGAAGAAUUCAACCUGAGAGUAGAAUAUGUGCAGUAACACCUCUAUAAAACGCGGAUCAAACGAGAUGCAAGUCAUCGCAAGUUUAAACUUCUGAGACACGCAGGCUGUCCAAAAUUAGAUGUAGCGGAAGCCAAUUUGGGUUACCGCAAAACCACGUUGGUGGUAAUCGGGUUUCCACAAUUUUUUUAAGGAAACUUCAGGGGUAAAAGUAGAAGUACUACCUCUAAAUUCCAUUAAAAGUUUAAAUGAAAUUGGCGAAGUUAUUGUAAAAUCUCUUGAGGGAAACCAGAUUAGGUUACCGCAAAACUACAUUUGUGGUAACGCACCGGUAACCCAGGUUUCGUUACCGCAAUUUUUGACAGCCAGAAUGGAAACGAGGAAUGCAUGGGUGGUAAAAUACAUGAAUUGAGGAAAAGAGUUGAUAAAAACAGAUAACGUAAAAUAUUCAUGUUUCGCUGUAUAUACAAAAUACAUCAAUCACUUUCUACAUGAGACAUUGUCUAUUUAACUUUCUUAUUUUCAUCAUCAAAUUAUUCAUUCCCUCUUUUCUAUGUCUAAGAAAUUUAAAACUGACGACGACUUGCGAUGAUUUGUGUCUCCUUUGAUCCGGACUUAAGACACUGUUACACAAGACUACAGAAUGUAUAAACAUUAUACAGUAACCUUACCUGUAUGUUGAUUCAAUUCUUUAGGCAACGAAAAUUGUGAAGAAGUAAGUGAUCUUACAAUCGUGCCACUCCAAGAUGAGCAAGAUGUGCCAUUGACAAGUAAGCAACAUAUUGUUAAAUUCAUUACCACCGCGAUUACCUAAACAAUAUGGUACAGUUAUUAACAAGUACGAUCGUACUAUACUGGACCAGGAACUGGCCGCGUAUACAUGCAAACGGGAUGUAAAUCAGGACAAAGCAUAGCUGACAUAUUUGCUGAAUAUUAAUGAUAUGUACAUAUUAUCUGCUACGAAUACAGUCAAGAAUUGCUUGUAUCUUGCUUCAAAAAUAAAAAAUCGAACACCGUCAAUCCAUGCGGAAUAUUGCUUAGCAUCAUUGUGUAAUGUUUCACCCCGAUCGCGGACAAGUAAUGCAGUAACACCCUAAUAAAGCCUGGAUCAAACGAGACCCAAGUCAUCGCAAAGAGGAUGGAUGAAAUGUGGAAAGGAGUCAAUUUGAUAAAAACAUAUCACGUAAAAUAUUCAUGUCUCGCUGUAUAUACAAAAUACAUCAAUCACUUUCUACAUGAGACAUUGUCUAUUUAACUUUCUUAUUUUCAUCAUCAAAUUAUUCAUUCCCUCUUUUCUAUGUCUAAGAAAUUUAAAACUGACGACGACUUGCGAUGAUUUGUGUCUCCUUUGAUCCGGACUUAAGACACUGUUACACAAGACUACAGAAUGUAUAAACAUUAUACAGUAACCUUACCUGUAUGUUGAUUCAAUUCUUUAGGCAACGAAAAUUGUGAAGAAGUAAGUGAUCUUACAAUCGUGCCACUCCAAGAUGAGCAAGAUGUGCCAUUGACAAGUAAGCAACAUAUUGUUAAAUUCAUAACCACAGCGAUUACCUAAACAAUAUACGGUACAGUUAUUAACAAGCACGAUCGUACAAUACUGGACCAGGAACUGGCCGCGUACACAAACCAGGCGUAAAUCAGGACAAAGCACAGAUAACUAAUGCCUGGUUCACACUGGUCGUAAGAAUCGGGGAUUUCCAUUGUCUGUGGUCAUUGGUGUGCAAAAUGCUUUGUCUGUCCGAAAAGAAUACAAUAGAAUGCCGAUGAAUUACGACCAGUGUGAACCAGGCUUAUAAUAAUUUUAAUUGCCGAUGUACCCAGACGUUUGGCCUAAAGCAGCCAUGCAUGCGCACUUUUCAAAAGCAUUUCCACGCAUUCGUAUGUUAGUUUGGAUAAGUAAAGUGUCCCAUAACAAUAAGAAUAAUCAUGCCGUGCCUAAAUUUAAGCCGAGCAUCAAACCUUGCCGUGGCAUUGCAAAAUAUUGCAGCUACAAUAGUGUACGUGCCGCGUAAAUGGGGUUUAAGACGUCAAGGUAAUAAAUAAUCUAAAUUGCUACGUUAAUUUUGCGGUGUGCCACUUCAUUUCUGCUUAGUCGUGGGUUCAAAACAGUGCUAACAACAAAUUGACAUGUCUUUGUUUUACGGUUCGCGAUUGUAUAUGAAUGUUAUACAGAAGAGUGUCCCAGAAAAGUCCCUUUUGAAAGUAUUGUUGUUAAUCACAAGAUUUUAUGCCCCUCCGUGUAAUUAAAAAUUCAAUUCAAUACACCCUUUCGAUAAUUACGUCACGAAUGGGAGCUUCGCUUCAUUAGUAAAAGAUGCAAGGCGAUUGGCUGAUGAUUCAUGAGAGCGAGGUUCCCAGGCCAAAUAACGUAAUUAUCGAAAGGGUAUAUUGUGUUUCCGCUCCUGCCGGUUUAGCAUAGUGUUGAAGCAUUUCAAAUAAGUUUAAUUUUUAAAGUGACCUGAAAUCGACAAUAAGACACUGUUACACAAGACUACAGAAUGUAUAAACAUUAUACACUAACCUUAUCUGUAUGUUGAUUCAAUUCUUUAGGCAACGAAAAUUGUGAAGAAUUAGUAAGUGAUCUUCCACACGUGCCACUCGAAGAUGAGCAAGAUGUGCCAUUGACAAGUAAGCAACAUAUUGUUAAAUUCAUUACCACCGCGAUUACCUAAACAAUAUGGUACAGUUAUUAACAAGUACGAUCGUACUAUACUGGACCAGGAACUGGCCGCGUAUACAUGCAAACGGGAUGUAAAUUAGGACAAAGCAUAGCUGACAUAUUUGCUGAAUAUUAAUGAUAUGUACAUAUUAUCUGCUACGAAUACAGUCAAGAAUUGCUUGUAUCUUGCUUCAAAAAUAAAAAAUCGAACACCGUCAAUCCAUGCGGAAUAUUGCUUAGCAUCAUUGUGUAAUGUUUCACCCCGAUCGCGGACAAGUAAUGCAGUAACACCCUAAUAAAGCCUGGAUCAAACGAGACCCAAGUCAUCGCAAAGAGGAUGGAUGAAAUGUGGAAAGGAGUCAAUUUGAUAAAAACAUAUCACAUAAAAUAUUCAUGUCUCGCUGUAUAUACAAAAUACAUCAAUCACUUUCUACAUGAGACAUUGUCUAUUUAACUUUCUUAUUUUCAUCAUCAAAUUAUUCAUUCCCUCUUUUCUAUGUCUAAGAAGUUUAAAACUGACGACGACUUGCGAUGAUUUGUGUCUCCUUUGAUCCGGACUUAAGACACUGUUACACAAGACUACAGAAUGUAUAAACAUUACACAGUAACCUUACCUGUAUGUUGAUUCAAUUCUUUAGGCAACGAAAAUUGUGAAGAAGUAAGUGAUCUUCCAACCGUGCCACUCCAAGAUGAGCAAGAUGUGCCACUGACAAGUAAGCAACAUAUUGUUAAAUUCAUUACCGCCAUGAUUACCUAAACAAUAUACGGUACAGUUAUUAACAAGCACGAUCGCACAAUACUGGACCAGGAACUGGCCGCGUAUACAAACGGGGCGUAAAUCAGGACAAAGCACAGAUACCCUGGUCCAGGCUGGUCACGUGUCUCCCAGAUUUUGGGAGAAAACAAUUUUUUUACAUGAGGGUGGGGGGCUAAGUUUGUUUUACCAAGCAUGUAAUCUUGUAGGAUUCUGCCUUUUGUUGUUGAUAUACAUGUAUGUAUUAUACAACCAAACCCGAUACUGUGUCUUUGAGUGAGCUUCGAGAAGGACAUCUAUAACGUUGCCAGCCAGGCUUGAUUAACAACUUCGUCCCUUACAAUAACCGUUAUGCCAAUAAAAACUUCGUUUCAUAGUGUAAUCGUUUGUGUUGCUUUAUUCACACUCCUUGUAUUGUUUUGAACUCGAGCGCCACAUUUGCAAGUCCCAAUUGUUAUCUCCCAAAAUCUGGGAGACACGUGACCAGCCUGGACCAGGCUCUUUCCUCCAGCGAGGCGCGUAGUGGAAAGAGCCUGGGUAAUAGGUUGCAGAUAACUAAGAGUUUUAAUUGCCGGUGUACCCAGACGUUUAGCCUAAAGCAGCCAUGCAUGCGCACUUUUCAAAAGCAUUUCCACGCAUUCGUAUAUUAGUUUUGAUAAGUUAACUGUCCCACAAUAAUAAGAAUAAUCAUGCCGUGCCUAAAUUUAAGCCGAGCAUCUGUUGAUUCAAUUCUUUAGGCAACGAAAAUCGUGAAGUAGUAAGUGAUCUUCCACACGUGCCACCCCAAGAUGAGCAAGAUGUGGCAAUGACAAGUAAGUAACAUAUUGUUAAAUUCAUUACCUAAACAAUACGGCAUUGUUAAUAAUAAAUCCUGGUAGGCAAAAUAUUGCCGUUGAUAUUUCCAAGUUCGGUGGUAAUGUUUUUGGCAUCUAAAUGACAUUGGGUUAAUUUCAAGAUGCUUCAGCAUAAUAAUGUAUAAAAAACAGUGGCGAAGCCAGCCCGACAAUUUGGUCAUGCUAUGCAAAUUUUAAAUCAUUAUCAUUAUUAAUUUCUUUACAAAUUGAUUGUUUCCACGUCGUAUGAACACGGAAAUAUUUGCAUAGCAUGACCAAAUUGUCGGGCUGGCUUCGCCACUGAUAAAAAAGAGCGAUAUUCUUCUUCGAGGGUAGUACCGGCGGCAAUUGCCUUUUGCUGCCGAGAACUAACAGGACUGUAUUAUUUGCAUAAAACACAUUCGAUUAACAAGAAGAAUUCAACCUGAGAGUAGAAUAUGUGCAGUAACACCUCUAUAAAACGCGGAUCAAACGAGAUGCAAGUCAUCGCAAGUUUAAACUUCUGAGACACGCAGGCUGUCCAAAAUUAGAUGUAGCGGAAGCCAAUUUGGGUUACCGCAAAACCACGUUGGUGGUAACCGGGUUUCCACAAUUUUUUUAAGGAAACUUCAGGGGUAAAAGUAGAAGUACUACCUCUAAAUUCCAUUAAAAGUUUAAAUGAAAUUGGCGAAGUUAUUGUAAAAUCUCUUGAGGGAAACCAGAUUAGGUUACCGCAAAACUACAUUUGUGGUAACGCACCGGUAACCCAGGUUUCGUUACCGCAAUUUUUGACAGCCAGAAUGGAAACGAGGAAUGCAUGGGUGGUAAAAUACAUGAAUUGAGGAAAAGAGUUGAUAAAAACAUAUAACGUAAAAUAUUCAUGUUUCGCUGUAUAUACAAAAUACAUCAAUCACUUUCUACAUGAGACAUUGUCUAUUUAACUUUCUUAUUUUCAUCAUCAAAUUAUUCAUUCCCUCUUUUCUAUGUCUAAGAAAUUUAAAACUGACGACGACUUGCGAUGAUUUGUGUCUCCUUUGAUCCGGACUUAAGACACUGUUACACAAGACUACAGAAUGUAUAAACAUUAUACAGUAACCUUACCUGUAUGUUGAUUCAAUUCUUUAGGCAACGAAAAUUGUGAAGAAGUAAGUGAUCUUCCACACGUGCCACUCCAAGAUGAGCAAGAUGUGCCAUUGACAAGUAAGCAACAUAUUGUUAAAUUCAUUACCACCGCGAUUACCUAAACAAUAUGGUACAGUUAUUAACAAGUACGAUCGUACUAUACUGGACCAGGAACUGGCCGCGUAUACAUGCAAACGGGAUGUAAAUCAGGACAAAGCAUAGCUGACAUAUUUGCUGAAUAUUAAUGAUAUGUACAUAUUAUCUGCUACGAAUACAGUCAAGAAUUGCUUGUAUCUUGCUUCAAAAAUAAAAAAUCGAACACCGUCAAUCCAUGCGGAAUAUUGCUUAGCAUCAUUGUGUAAUGUUUCACCCCGAUCGCGGACAAGUAAUGCAGUAACACCCUAAUAAAGCCUGGAUCAAACGAGACCCAAGUCAUCGCAAAGAGGAUGGAUGAAAUGUGGAAAGGAGUCAAUUUGAUAAAAACAUAUCACGUAAAAUAUUCAUGUCUCGCUGUAUAUACAAAAUACAUCAAUCACUUUCUACAUGAGACAUUGUCUAUUUAACUUUCUUAUUUUCAUCAUCAAAUUAUUCAUUCCCUCUUUUCUAUGUCUAAGAAAUUUAAAACUGACGACGACUUGCGAUGAUUUGUGUCUCCUUUGAUCCGGACUUAAGACACUGUUACACAAGACUACAGAAUGUAUAAACAUUAUACACUAACCUUAUCUGUAUGUUGAUUCAAUUCUUUAGGCAACGAAAAUUGUGAAAAAUUAGUAAGUGAUCUUCCACACGUGCCACUCCAAGAUGAGCAAGAUGUGCCAUUGACAAGUAAGCAACAUAUUGUUAAAUUCAUUACCGCCAUGAUUACCUAAACAAUAUACGGUACAGUUAUUAACAAGCACGAUCGCACAAUACUGGACCAGGAACUGGCCGCGUAUACAAACGGGGCGUAAAUCAGGACAAAGCACCAUCUUUCUUAUGGUUUGCGUUGCCUGACAUAUUUGCUGAAUAUUAAUGAUAUGUACAUUGUAUCUUGCUUCUUAGGUAAAAAAAGAUUUUCCGACAUUAAGCGGGAUCCACUUCAAAUUGCGAGAGAGAAAAUAAAAUAUUUAAAAGGUCAGAACAAAUAGCAUUCAAAAAGUAUCUGACAAUGCAUGAUCAGCAUUGACGUGCUGGUAAUGUGUUACCGGGAGUAAUCAAUUGCAACGUCCCCAUCCCACACCGUUGAUCGUGGCACGCGGGUAAAGUAAAAAUGCCCAAAUUUCCAAUAAAAUCAAAUAAAUGACUUAUGAUUGCAAUUUUAUAUGCCGGAAAAAUUUUUGAUGACCUCCCCCCUCGACAACUCUUCCAGGAAAAUUUUUAGAGUACAAAAAUAUCUUUUCCUGCAUUGCAUUUGAGGUUUUGACAGGGUAAUUCAGGCCGACCACCCCCAACUAAGAGUAAAAGGGGCCAGUUUCGCCCCUGGCUGGCGCCCACGUGCACGGCGAGAAAAUCGACAAACGCACGUCAGUAACAUAAUUCAAAUAUUUAAAAAACAGAAUUUUUCCAUUUUAGCAAAAUUACGAAAGAAACGAGGAUAUUCUUCUUCAGAUGGAAAUUCUUCUGAUGAUGAAGAUUCCAGUGGUAAAUAUCCCUGAAUAGCAUGCUUAUGAAUUGAUGAACAAGCAUAGAGACACAGAAUAGGGUACACAGAAGGCCAACUUAUUGGUUUUCCUAUGAUUUUCCUAUGAUUUUGGCGUAACCUGUAAUUCGUCAUCAAAUGCUGACGCCAUGGUUCUAGCCAGUGCACAUGUGCCAUUCAAAAUGGCGGAUGUCCAGGGGGGAAUGCCUCUCAAACGCGCACUGGCUAGGACCAUGGCGUCAGCAUUUUGAUGAUGAAUCAUGGCAUGGCAGCGGUUACUCGAGUCGCCCUUCUGUGUGCCUUAUUCUGUGAUAAAGAUAAACUUAAUAAGGUUUGAUAAGAUAGCUGAAAUUCACUCUGCAAUCUUUUCAAUAAAAUAAUGUCCUAUAAAAAGAACAAUAUAUAAUGAACAAAUUUUUGUUUUAAAUAGAUUCAUCAAGUUUAUCUGACUUAUGGCAAUUGACUCGGAAGAAGAAACACCGGCAUGUAAGCAAUAAGCAUACUGCACACUAAUUGCAAAUUGUAGAGUACUACACUGAAUACUGAUUGUAUCUACAGUGAAUAAUUAUUGUAUCUUUCACAACGUUCCGACAUUCAUUGUUUGGUCACAUUGGAGAGUCAUUCGACAUGAACUCAUAUUUUGGCAAUUUUGCUGAUGAAAAGUUCGACGUAUUAACAAGUCUUAAUUCAGACGUACAGUACGAUCAACUCUUUGUUGAUAAAAUAUUCCAAACAACGUCGAUAUGAAAUGGAAAAACACUCUGCUAAAUACGUCGCAUUGUGGUCGUCGUUAUCACUUAUGCCUCAUGAAUACCUGCACUAUAUAGGAGACAUCGGCCAUAACAUGUGCAAGUGGGUGUAUUAUUGAUAUAUCGUAAAUAAUGACGCUCAACAAAGGAUAUACAGCAUUCUAAGACUAUAUAACGAAGUAAACGCCUUUAGCUAUAGAAUAUGUACAAGCUAAGUGAAUUAAUUUGCAACCGGAUGUACAACCAGCUGAAAGACGUUAUACUUCGUUAUGAGAGUCUUAGAAUGCUAUCCUUUGUUAAGAGACAUUACAAUAUUAUCUAUAUUUUAGGUAUAUUUCUUCAAUUAUAUACCCCUGGCACAUAAUAUGGCUUAAAAAUGCAAAGAGAGAAGAAUUUUGUUUUAUAUAUAAUAUUAUAUAUAUUAUAUUUAUGUAUGUUUUAUUUAGAGAAAGGCGUUGUGGGUGGAUGACCUCUAUUCCGACGAAGAUGAUGAAAUAGCAACAGCAGUAAGUAUAACAAUACAUACCACUUGACAUCACGUUCGCAAUACAGAUUUCAGUAAUGUUGACGCAUGCGCGGACGUUUUCCCGCGGUGUUAUACUCUGCAGUUUUAAUGUCUGACCACAAUGGGUGCGCAAACACAAUUGACCGCAGGAGCAUGUUAAAUUCUCGUGUUAAAUUAACAACAAUUUAUUUUUAGGUUAAUUUCCAAAUGUCGAUACUCUGUAUAUCAGUCCAGUAGCUAUACUCACUCUGAUACACUAGGCGGAAAUUUUAGUUUGAAAAUGAAUACCAGAGCCCAGCAAAUAACUUUAAUACCACGUAUGUGUGGCAUUAAAAUUAUUUGCUGAGCUCUCUUACACGUUUAUAAACUUUGUACAGUUAUGUCUCGGAACUAUGCAAGAUAUGACAAAUCGGUAAAAGAAGUUAAUAUAUAGUUUAAUACAGCAUUCAAAUUGAACAAGUGAUGAGAUCAAUUCCAGUUUUAUAUAAUUUUAUUCCUAUACAUUAUGAAUGAUUUCUUAUAUUCGUGUACGAAAUUUGAGUUUAGCAGACAUGAAAAAAUGCCGAAAAGUAUACGGUACAGUAUUGCAGUAGUCAAAUAGUCCUGCAUGUUAUGAAAUAUCAAAACACCAAUUAAUUUUUGUAUUAGGAUGUACUAAUGUUAAAGGACAAAGAGAGCAACGCUCAAGCUCCAAAUGAUGAAGGUAGGCAUGAGAACGAUUAUACGAGUUCAGAUUUAUAUUUUUGUCAAUUGUCGGUUAUCCGAUUGUCCUUGUUAUCUUGCAAUCAGGGUUGCCAGAUUGGCUUAAAAAUUCAGCUAAAUAUUGACACAAACAGCCUUUUGUUUUCUUGUUUGUCCGACAGGAAACCAUAUAACCGAGACGACAAUAGCUCAGACCGGUCUGAAGUCAUCCCACAAGCUAUCUGAGAUUGGGAUGAAUGUAAAUGUAGGAGGAGAGGGUGAGUAAGUGCUAGGCUCUGGCUAACAGUUAUUACAACACAAACACAACCCCAGCCAUGAAUCGGAGACUUGUUAGAUUAAAUAUGACAUGCUACUCGAAUCAGUUAUUAAUUAAUUAUUAUAUAAAUACCGAUAUUUUACAGUCCCACUAAGAAAGGACGGAAAAGUCAUUGGACGUGGCAAAAUCAUGCCCGAUGCAAAAAUGGUGCAUGGUUACCAGUUAAUAGAUGGUUGGGUUUCGGUGGAGAUUAUACAAUUGUAUAACGAAUCUGUGGAAUGCUGGGAGGACUUCCCCACAAUGUCCGGCGAAGUUGAAGUGGGGAGCUUCUGUGCAUGGCCAACCAACGAACUGGACAUGCCAAAUUCAGGUAGGGGGCAUUUUUACUUUCAAUAAUGCAGUAAAGUGUUAAUUUGUAGUGUUGUUCACAAAUCUGCCCUGUAAUUCUGUUCCCAAUGUCACCUCAGAGCCGGUUCCAAUUGAUAUCACCCCAGGCCUAAGCUUGGUGUGUGUUUGGCUCUUUUUUGUUUCAUCUGCGAAAUGUCAACUUAAUAAUUUUCAGCGACUUUAGCGACCGAUGGUUAACCGGCUUUCUAUCCAAUUUAACGUGCAAACACCCUUCCCAGAGCUAUCUGCUGGUGCUUUUUUGUUCAAGUGAGGGUAUCGUAUAGAUUGAUGUAAUAAAAAUUACCGUGUGUUGUUGACUCGUCACUCUUGUUUUCAAUAUAGACGUAGCUGAUAUGUCUACCAAACGGCUACAAAGACAGGCAAAGAAGAAAACAUUGUUUGUGAAUGUAAGGUUUUUUGUAAUUAAUUUGAAUGCAUUUCAGUUUUAUAGAAAGUAGGGUCACUUGAAUCAAGAUAUUUUUUCAUUUAUGACGACGAACAUCUUUUUACGCGUCAAGAAUUAAAUUAACGUGAAAUAUUCAGGAUCUACAUUUUACCAUGCAUAUACACCGUGACCGUGCAUGUAGAAAAAAAGAUAUGAAUUUUAUACAGUUUAUAUAUAUUAGAGCUGUGCGGUUAACCGAAAAAUUCGGUUCUUCCGGUACUUGUUUUAGCACCAAAAAAUUAUACGCAAAAAAGAACCGGUAAUUUAGAUUUUAAUUUCCCGUUUAACGCCCGCCAAACGCCCACCUAAUUGCAGGUUGAAAUGUUUGGAAAAUAACAAGAUUGUGCUCUUUGUGCACAAUAUGCACUGUACUAAAUGCUCAAAUAGUUUAUAUUUACUUUAGUUGUGAUAGUUAUUGUUGUGAACUUGCUUGAAAUUUUUUUAAAAAUUUCAAUAUUUCAUCUUCAUAAAUAAAUUCCAAUUGUUCUUUUAAAAUAUUCAGAGAUUUAUACAAACUCACAAAGGCAUAAAUUCAUCUAUUUAGUAGAAAUACUCGAAACAUACAUAAAUGAGUUCAUACAUUUGUACUGUUCUUCUUUUUUGAAAAUAACCGAAACCGAACCGAGGUUUUUCUGUUCCAAAAACCCGAAACCGGAACCGGAACCGAAAUAAAAUUUUUGGAACCGCACAGCUCUAAUAUAUAUAAGAAUUUCAUAAUAAAUGUAUGUGUUUUAGGAAAAGACAUUCUGGCACGGUGACCAUGUAAACAGCGACGAAGAUCGUGGGUGCACAGAUGGUCAAAUAGAUGUAAGUUGGGCAAAUCAAGCAAUUCAAAUACGUUUCAAUUGUCGAUUCAAUGGCAAGUUUGAGAGCACCCUGCUUGUCCAUAAUAUAAUGGUUGAACAUCGCAGCAGAUUUUAUAGGCAAAAGUCGCAAAAUUGAACAUUGAAUCCCCCCCAUUGUAUAGCAGUUUCAAUUUGUUAUUAACAGUUUCAACAUUGUGUUGAAGGAGAGGGAAAUUAUGAAUUCGAGUUUUUGAAACCCAAACUUUUGAAUGUUGUUUUAAGUCAUUCUGCACUCGAUUGUAGAUUCAGAAGACUGAACGUUAAAAAUAGAAAGAAAUAUUGCCAUACAUACCCGAGUUUUUCUAAAAACCACAAUCGCUUUUGCAUUCCUAGUUCCCUAAAAUUUAAAAAUUUUAAUAUUACAUGUUGAUCAUAAAGCCUACUUUGAAUAUUUGAGAACAUGUAUGGAAGAAAGCAUGCAUGCGUGCGCCUAAAAUUUCAAUAUUUCGUUCAUUCCACCUGGUAAUAACUUGAAGCUCCACCUUUGCCCCCCGUUAUGGACAUACAGAAGCAUCCAUACCCGACAUCUCGACAAUACAAAGUCACAAAGACAAUAAAUAUAUCAGCACAAAAGACUAUAGGUCGAGUGAAAUCUUGAGAAAUCUUAGCAUGCCAAGAAUUAUUAUAUUGUGCUAUACAAUAUUAAGUAGAAAGCGUUAUGCAUGGAAACUCAUGCAUAUCGUUUAUCCUUCGAUUACUAAAUUUGUUUUUUAAACUAAAUAUUCACAAUUACAGUUAUAAUAUAGGUACAUAAUAUACUAAGAUAUAAUUCAGUUACGAUUCCAAUUCUAUAUACGACUACAUGCUACAAGUAUAUGUUUCAAGUAUAGGACAAAACGAAUGUGGGACAUUCAUAUUUUAAUGUUUGGCCGUGGUAUAUUCAGUGAAUAAAAGAGUUUAAGUGCAUGAAAGACAUCUUUAUUACGCCCAGAAAUAUGGGAACAAAAAUUGAUGAGAAAAAUGAGAACAAUUAUCGCAGUAAAAUAGAUACGUAGGCGUACAUGCGUAGCGUACAUGUAGUGAGAUGAAAUCAAACAAACAUUUGAAAUAUUACAAAACAAAAUAUCUUUGUGAGUUCGACUGGACAUUGCAUGCAAUGUAUUUAACCUGCAGAAAUGUUAAUACUCCUGUAAGCAUUGUUAAACGACCCUUUAUUGGUAAUUUCUUUCUCGUCUACGGGAUCUUCGGGUCGUUAGAGGGACAGCUAUUUUAUGUACAUUAUAUUUUUACCUCUAGAUGUUUAAGUAAAAUACAUAAGGUGUCCUAACAUAAAUUCAAAACAUUCAAGUUUACGUCAAAAUGUGUACAAUAUCAAAAAUUCAAAGUAUAAAUAUAUGUACUGUAUAUAUACCGGGUGUGACGGGUGUCCCCCAAAAAACUAUCCCCUGUUUGAUUUCAUGUAACGUAAAACCUAUAAAAGCUAUUUAUAAAAACCAUUGACAUUGUAUACACAAAGGAUCAACUUAAAUUUUUAUAUGUAACAUUUAAUUUUUCGUGCAAUAUUGAGAGAAAUACAAGCGUUUGAAGUUGCGAGGAGUUUUAGAAAUUGGCGAAAAAACGACAAAAAUCGCUGCAUCAAACUAAAUUGAAAGCAGUUGUCACUUUACAUGCAUGAUUACUUGACUAGCUAACUAGCUAACUUCAGUGAUUUUAUCUUUAAUUUUAGGUUAUCCCUUGCAAAAUUACUUUUAAAAAUAAAAAUUACACUUAAAGAUUGAUUCUUAGGAAUAAAACAAAUGGUAUUCAGCAGUCAAGGAAUCUUAGAAAAUUGCAUGAAUCAAGCGUUUCUGCUUGCAAGUAUUAGGAUCAAUAAAUGAUCCAAAACGCAAAACGCUUUUGAUGGCAUGAUUUCUAGAGCACAAUCUAUGGUGCAUUCAGGCUCAAAGACACGCUUUUCCUGAUAAGUUAACUCAUAUUAGUUAAUCCUUUUGUACAUUAUAAAUGCAUUCUUUUAGCUAGAAUAAAAAUAAUCAUCAAGUAAACUAAACUGGAAUUUGAUAUGCUGUUUUAUGCUAAUUUUUUGCCUUUUAAGAAAUAGUAUUUCAAGUUUGAAAUGUCAAUAGGUCUGUCAAUAUCGGGCGGAAAAUUAAAUGUUAUAUAUCAAAAUUUAAGUUAAUCUUUUGUGUAUACAAUGUCAAAGGUUUUUGUUUUAGUGAAAUAGCUAAAUUUAUAGGUUUUAUGUUACAUGAAAUCAAAGAGGAGAUAGUUUUUGGGGGGACACCCGGAUAUAUAUUCCUAGGAUCUCAACAUAAACACCAAGAUGAUAGCUGAAAUAUGGCUAAAACACAUACCUUAUUUUCUAGGAUAAAAGUAAAAAAUUGGUUGGUGCCAACGCCGAAAACUCAAACAAACAAGGUAUAUAUAUUUGAUACACUAAUAUUACAAUUUAUAGCAAUGAUAAUAAUAGAUUAAUAAAUUAUAUGCAUGAUAAUUUAUUUGAAAACUCAAUAACAUUUUUACUCUUAUUACUCCACAUGUAUAAGUGUGGCGCACGUAUAAGAUUCAACACAAUUUUGGGAAGUCCAAGGAAUAAAUACUAUAUAUGACAUAACGUUGUUUAAUAUCUUAAUUCUAGACUAGCCCAGCGGCAAUGCGUCAGUGCAAUUUAUAAAUUAACAAUAACCGGACCAGUACUGUUUUCUAUUUUCGAAACCCUUGUAUUGCUUAAAAUUUCUUGCUUCGAACGAGUUACACAGGAUUGAAAUUUGCUCAACUUAGACAUAUCACAAGCUUCAUAUAUUCAUUUCGCCCACAAAUAUACUUUUCUGCUUCUAAAUGUUACGAACAUAAUAACCAAUGCUUGCUUUGAAAGAUAUGCUUUAAUCCAUACAAUUAAUGUAGAAAAUACAAUGAUAAAAUACAGUGGCGUGAAGGUCACUCAAAAUCUACUGUACAUGUUUUUGGAUACAAAGAACAAAUUAAAUCAAUCAAUAUUAGCCGACGACUAAAAAUCCAAUUGAUUUCCAAAAUUGGUCAGAGUUAGGGACCACUCACUAUUUAUGCCAGAGGGACAGGGCACGUUAAAUCAGUAACCCCCUCCAGUACAAAUACAAAAUUCCAUCCUGCACACUAUCUUAAAAAUGCAGAAACCCCCCCCCCCCUAAAUAUGUUUUGAAAUUUUCAAUUUCUUUUAUUUGGGCAGGACGUUAAAUUGUAUAAAUCUUUAAUUCGCUUUUAAGACACUUGGCCUACAGGCCAGUAUAAAAAGUGAAAUUUUAACUCAGACGUUUGGUUUGAGUAUUUUGCUUUAAUUAUUACUGUUAUUAUUAUUAUUAUUAUUAUUACAUUAGUCAACUGGGUACAAAUGUGUUAAAGUAAUUCAUCAUACAAAUCUACAUCAAUCAUACGAAACUAGCAAACAAGUGUUUAAGAGUAUAAUAGAAGCAUAUAUAGUGUAUGCUAAAACUCUGGAAGUCUUGAAUUAUUAUAAUUUACAAUUCAAACCUGAAAAAAUCUUAGACCGUUAUCAGUCAGUAAGUCAUUGUACAAAUGUGUGAUAAAUCAUUGUGAUCUGCAUGAUAUUAAACAAAGGUGUUUUUGCUUAAUACCAAACAGAUGCAUUGCUUGCAUGUUUUAAUACAGUUUAUUCAUUCAUUUCAUUUAUUUAUUCAUUAUUCAAAUAUUUAUUUAUUAUUUUUAUUUAUUCAUUAUUCAUUAUAAUACAAUAAUAAUGUACACUUAAUCUGCAAAUAGCAAAUGCUAAUCGAGGCAGAUGGCAUAGAAAUAAUUUUGUGAAUUGGUAGAGCAUAUUAGUCGAAAGAUGAAUAUAGAUAUAUUCCCAGUGUACAACAUGCAUGUUUGCGAAGCAAUAUGCCAUACACUACAAUACUACAUAUUACCAUUAUUUCUAAAUAUUGCAAAACCGAUUUGAUAGAUGAUAUGAACCAAGUCUUGUUCUAGAAUAAUUACAUACUAGUUACAUCUACAUACUGUAUACAUAAAUAACGAGUAAAAUCGUCUGGCAUUAAACAGAGUAAAAUGCUAAAGUAGGGUGCAAUGCGACUCAAUGGGUUAAUUUAAUUGUCAUAGAUGUAUUUUAAUUAAUUUUAAUUUAAUGAUUUGCCCAUGUGAUAUACAAUGUUACAUAAAAAAAAUAAAAUAAUAAAAGUAGAUAAAUUUGGGCUAGGAGUCUAUAGAAACCUUGAACAGGCUUUUGGAUUUAGACCCCUAGUUUAAAGUCUUGGUGCUAAUACAUAUAUAGUUAAAUUGUCAUCGGUUCUAAGUAUUUACAAAAAGUGAGGUUAUGUUACAUACAUUCAAUAUUUGUAGGAGAGUAUUUACUAUUAAUAAUUAAAAUGAGAAGCUUGAGUUAAAUAUCUAUUUACAUGAAGAGAAAUUACAAUUAAAGUGUUUUAUAAGAUUAAUUACAUAGAAAGUGUAUUUUGGAUUUUUUCUUAAAAAUGAGACGUGAUGUUAUUAUUUUUAAAUUACUGUAAAGAUUAUUCCAAACAUCCAUCCCGUUCACUGAAAGCGAGUGCUUGACGUAGUUAGUUCUCUGAUAAGACAUAUGAAGUUUAGUUGAGUUUCGAGUGUUGUAUUGGUGAAUUUGGUUAUUUGAAACAAAAAAUUAAGUUUGUGAAAAAUUUUGGCAAGUUCUUUACAUGAUGAUAUCGGAACAUGAAAGACUUGCAAGGUAGUUAUUUAACUUAGGCCUGUUUCAAACGUAGCGCUUCUCAUGUGCCGAACGCAUUAGAAACAAUAGAUAAUGAGGCAUUUCAGCUGAUUAUCUAUUGUUUGUAAUGCGUUCGCCACAUGAGAAGCGCAACGUUUGAAAAAGGCCUUACUGAGAUUCAAGAUCUGUAGGUCAAUAAAUAUUUUUUCAGUGUGAGAAAAAUUGGACUGAAAUGUCAUAAGACGAAUGAUUUUCUUUUGAAUAUCUGUUAACUUUUGAAUUCUUGUUUUGUAUGUGUUACUCCAUUGCCAUAGAUUAGAUAUGGAUAGACUAAAGCAUAGUACUGUAUAGUGUAUAUUAGUUUUAAAGUAUUUAAAUUUGUAAAAUGACAAAUUGUUGCAAUAAUUCCUGCAGAUUUUACAAUUUUCUUUGCAACGGAAUCAAUAUGAUUGUCCCAUGAUAAACAUUCAUCAAUAACGUACUACUCCUAAAAAGGUUGUACUUUUGACUUGUUUGACAUCGUCAUUAUUGAUGAACAACUUUACUACGUGUUUCUUUUUCUUUUUUAAGGAUAGAAAUAAAAUAAAUUUGGUUUUUGAUGUGUUGAUAGAUAGUUUGUUCGUGUUUAGCCAUUCAGCUAUUUUGUCCACUUCCGCCUGAAGAGUUUCAUAUAGUGUUUUGAGGCAUGGUGACUGUAAAAUAUAUUUGUAUCAUCAGCAAACAAUAGCAUUGAUGCUAUAUAACUACAGUUUUGAAUAUCGUUUAUAUAGAGGAUAAAAAGUAGCGGACCCAAUAUUGAACCUUUGCAGGACCCCAGUUUGUACUAUCAUUUCGCUUGACAUUAUUUGUUUAUAUUUUACAAUUUGUUUCAUGUUUGUAAGGUAAUUUUCAAAACAAAGUCUUGCUAUGCCACAAAUUCCAAAAUAUUCUAAUUUACUGAUCAGAAUCUUGUGAUCAAUGGUGUCAAAUGCUUUUGACAAAUCUGAGAAAAUACCAAUGGUGUAUUUUCUGUGAUCAAUUUCUUUUGUAAUUUUAUUAACAAGUUCGAUUAUUGCAAGUUCAGUUGAUCUGUUUUUUCUGAAUCCAUAUUGAUGGUCAGAUAAAAUAUUAUUUUUUUCAACGUAUUUUAUUAGUCGUUUGAACAUUAAUUUUUCAAGUAAUUUAGCGAAACAAGUUAAAACUGAUAUUGGUCUAUAGUUUUCAAAUUUAUUUUCUUCAUUUGAUUUGAAUACUGGUGUUACCAGGGAAGUUUUCUAAAACUAAACAAAUUAAAAUCUGAUUAAAAUCUGUUCAGAAAUAAUAUCUGUAGUAUGUAUGUGUAUCAACAUAAUCAUCCUCAGUCUCGUUUUGUAUAUAUUUUCGUUUAGUAGAAGUCUUCUCAACUAUUAAUCUCUCUCUCUUAACCUUCUUAAACUGCAAUAAAUUCAUACAACGGAUAAUACAAGACAUGUUGAUCUUAAAGUUUAAUAUACUUUAAUAUUUGAACGAGUCUGUUUUGGUCGUCGUUGCCGUUUGGUCGUCGUUGCCGUCGCUCCCACCGUGAGUGACACUGACAUAUGCCUUUUAAUAGACAAACGAAACUGACAUAUGGCUUUUAAAUCGACCUUUAAAUAUGAAAUCAAAUCAAAUAACCUGCAUGAAGAUCAAAUAUUAAUAUUUUAUAUGCAAAAUUUUCAACUCACUUACUCGUUAAAACACUUGAAAGGUCGUGUUCCUUUAAAACCACUCCGACUCAAAUGCCUUUGUUCAAAUUUCUUCUCUUUUUUUAAACAGGUAACUAUAUUGUCUGAGACGAGUUAAAAGUUUGCAAAAUGACUUUAUAAAAAUGAGUCAAUGACUGAAUCUUUUCUGAAUUUAAUUCUGUGCUCUCACUUCCAGUGCUUCCAUUUUCAAAAAACAUAAUUUCCUUCUAGCGGUAACCAUUGAACCAACAGAGCUUCCACUCGGAAGGAAAUUUCCUUCCAAAAGGAUAUUUUGGCAUUUGGAAGGAAAAUAAAAGGAAAUAAGAUUUCGAAGGAAAAGGGAAGGAAAUUUUUCAAUUUAAACUUUUCAGUAAUUUCUAGUAAUUUAAUAAUGGUUAAACACUUUAUUAUGAACUUUUGAGUUCAAAAACAUUUAUAAAAAUAAUACUUCGGAUAUUUACAUAACCAUCAAGGAUGAAUGGGGGUAAUUUUGGACUUAAUUAACAGGUCUUCAGUGAGUAAGUGAGUAGAGUAUUGGGCUUAACUCGAACUUUUCAAGUUGUGUUUCUUUCUUCGAGUUAAGCCCUUGACAAAAAUGGGUGUUGUUUGGGCGUGGUCGGGGCUUAACUCAAAGGGCAUAACUCGAAGAGCUUAACUCGAGGGGUUUAACUCGAAGAUUACCUAUCUUAUUUCUUAUCAUUUGCUUUUUUCCGUACAGCAUAAGAGUCAAUACAUUUGAAGUUGACCUCUGCUCAAUUCACUAUUACAUAUUCACUAUUAUAAUUAUAUAUUCUACUCAAUAAUGAAAGCCACAAUAAUACUCCUCCAUUUGAGUUUUCGGGGAAUUCAAAUCGCAUAUGAGAUUUGAACUCGCAUACCGUAAACCUCCGAAUAUAAGCCCCCCCCCCCACCCCGCCCCGCCAGAUCAUCCGGUAUAAAAAUUACGUAAAAUGAUUGUUUCUGUGUCAAAAACUGAUAAGUUACAGAACUGCUGAUAGCCAUUAUACACUGCUUGAUCAACUUUCAUUGUUUCAUUUCUCCCCCCCCCCCCCCUCCAUUUAGAAGUUGUUGCAAAUUUUUAUCCUGCUACUGCAGUGUUCAAAGCAGGAAAUUUUAACAUUGGUUAUUCGAGCCGAAUAACAUUUUCAAAACAAAAAUGUCGAAAAUCAAGAUAGAGGAUAUUACACGGCGGCGCGAAGAUAUGACUUUAUCUUCGAGUGGUGAAAAUAAUAUUUUAUGAACGAGCGCAGUGAGUAAAACAUUGUUUUUAACACGAGAAGAUAAGGGGCCGACCAUUUAACUUUUGAGGGUGGAGGGGGUGAUUUACUGCUGGCAGAGAAUUUUUUUCUGGGAUCGUUAUGUGCAAGAUUUUGUUUUAUCCCAUCACCAUGUACGAUUUUUUUUGCCACACUUUCUUUCGCAGCAUUUUUGCAAUAGCUUUAUUAGCUUAUACUAUUUAGGUUCUGUAAUUAUAGUUAAUGUUGAGUUUUCUGCUUCAUGCAUUGCUCUUAAUAAUACAUAUUGCUAUGAGGUAUAACAUUUGGUUCAGGGCCUUUUUUAAGGAUGUGUAACUGGAGAGGACAUAAUUAGCGGGGGACCUGGAGAAGUUCCAGUCGGCAAGUCUGUACCCAGGGCCGUAGCUAGCAUGUAUAGUUGGGAAGGGGCGGUGUAGGACAAAAAUUUCCAAAUGACGAAUUGGAAAAAAUUUCCGAAUAUUUCAUGGCAUACUAAGCCACGAAGGUGUUUGCUAUUCGGAAAAUGAAGACGCAAUUUACAAACAAAAAUAUGCAUAUUUUACGCACAGACAUAUUACAGAAGCAGUGCGGUAGGGAGUUGUUUAUUGGGGUCAGAAAACGAGGGCCCGAGGCCCGAAGAAAUUUUUAAAUUUCGAGUCUCUGAAAUGCCAUUUCCUGGACUUUGGGGAAGUUUUGACAGAAUGCUGAUGGUCAGAAAAAAGCGUUUUAGUAUGUCGAAAUUUACAAUUUGCUUACAAUUUAUAGUGACAAUACAAUUUUAUAAUAUUUUCUUUGUUUAACAACUAAAAUUUUGUUCUACUAUAAUUGCCGUAAUUUUCAGAAUGACCAACCCGAUUUUCUGAAUAUGUUGAUUAUAAAAAAGUUAUAUAUAUAGGACUCUGAGACAACUGCAUGAGAUAAGUCUCACCCUCAGUGCAAUGGGUCUAUAUAUUGACACAGUCAUCCAUUAGUCAUGUAUGCUUACUUUAUAGUUAACCUAAAAAAAGAUGGCAAAAUCAUAGGGACUGGAAUGGUUAUGCCUGAUGCCAAAACAGUUCAUGGUUACCAACUAACCAAAGGUUGGGUUUGUGUGGCAAUCAAACACCUUAAAAAAUCCUAUGUGCCAUGCUGGGAGGAGUACCCAACACAUUCAGAUGAAAUUGAAGUGGGUAGUUUCAGCGCAUGGCCAGCAGACCAACUAAUGACACCAGAAGGUUCAG